AUGCCUCCCCCUUACUCGUCGAGCCUUCAAGCCAACGCCCGCGAUUCCCUCGAACUCGCCUCCCUCGCGUCAUCCGAUAACGGCCCCGAUACAUGCUCCGAGUCGGACUCUCGACCCUCGAUAUCAUCCUCGCGGAAGCUCUCGCUCGAGCAAGAUGACCCGUUAGACGACAACAACCCCGCAGCCCGGCCGGGCUUGAGCGCACGCGGUCAUAGCCGCACGUACUCGACGGCUUCCACGUUUGACUUCGCAGCGAACUUGUUUCCGUUAUCCUCGUCGACCGGCAACGGCUAUGCUCCUCUCGGGGCUCCUACAUCUACAGCGCAUCAGAACGGCGGUCUGGGAGGGACGUCGCUAGAGAAACACAAGACGCUGACAUAUCUCAACGGUCUGAGCUUAAUCAUCGGUCUCAUCAUCGGCUCGGGCAUCUUCUCUUCCCCUAGCCAGGUCAAUGCGAAUGUCGGGUCGCCGGGCGCGUCGCUGGUGGUUUGGGUGAUAGCUGGUAUACUGGCUUGGACAGGCGCGGCGAGUUACGCAGAGCUGGGAGGUGCCAUUCCGCUCAACGGUGGCUCGCAAGCAUAUCUGUCCAAGAUUCUUGGCGAGUUGGCAGGUUUUCUUUUCACAUGGGUCGCAGUGCUUGUGCUCAAACCCGGCAGUGCUGCCAUCGUCGCCAUUAUUAUGGGCGAGUACCUUACACGCGCCACCAUUGGUGCCGAAGCUGAGACGGUGAGUCCCUGGGUCAACAAGGGGAUGGCCUUGGUUGGAUUGUUCCUCGUCACAUUCAUGAAUGCGCUAUCCACACGACUAGGCACGCGAGUCAAUAACAUGCUCAUGUUUUUGAAAUUUAUUGCCUUGAUCGCAGUGACCACCAUUGGCGUUGUGGUCGCAUUCACCGGCUUCACCUUUUCGGGGGAGGCAAAUACGGAUUGGAAGAACCAUGAUUGGUUUGAAGGGACGAGUACUGAUUUGAGCCAAUGGGCGGUUGCACUAUAUGCUGGACUCUGGGCUUACGAUGGGUGGGACAACACAAACUACGUCGUCGGAGAGUUCCGGAAUCCCGGACGAGAUCUCCCGCGCGUAAUUCACUCGGCAAUGCCACUCGUCAUCAUUAGUUACAUCCUUGCUAACAUCGCAUACUUCCUCGUUUUACCACUGGCGACUAUCAACUCGUCGAAUACCGUGGCCGUCAUGUUUGGCAGCAAGGUGUUCGGCCCAAUCGGUGCGCUGAUACUCGCUCUUAUCGUGAGCGCGUCUUGCUUUGGCGCCUUGAACUCGUCGACUUUUACGAGUAGCCGUCUUGUCUACGUUGCGGGUAAGGAGGGCUAUGUCCCGGCUUUUUUCGGGCGCAUUGGGAUUGGUUCUCCAGGUUCAGGAGUGUCGUCGAUACGGACUAGGAGUUGGUUCUCGAAGCGGAUGCAUACUAUGCUAGGCGACGAUGAUGGUGUGCUUUUCUUCACACCGGUCAACGCACUGGUCUUGAACGCGCUGCUCACAGCUGCUUAUGUGGUUGUCGGCGAAUUUGGCGAGCUGUUGACGUUUUAUGGCGUCGCCGGAUACACGUUCUACUUCCUGACGGUGUUGGGGCUGAUCAUCCUGAGAGUCAAAGAACCCAACCUCGAGCGACCCUACCGGACUUGGAUAACGACCCCCCUCAUUUUCUGCUGUGUAAGCCUGUUUCUGCUCAGCAGGGCGGUAUUUGCGCAGCCGUUCAAGACGAUAAUAGUCAUCUUGUUUGUGCUCAUGGGCAUUCCGGUGUUCUACUGGAGAAUACACGGGCGGGAUCAGGUGUCCAAGCGGGAACACGGAGCGCCGUCAACUCCGUGGUGGAAAUUCUGGGAGCGUUGGCGCACAUAG